AUGAAUUCUCUUAACCUCAACAACUCUGCUGCUUCUGGUGCCUCUGGUUCUGACUCUACUGGUGAUUAUCCUAACAACUCUGGUUCUGCUGGUAACUCUGCUGGUGCUCAAUCCAACCCUGGUUCCCCUGAUGUUGUUCCUACCACUGGUACGUCUAUCGACGCUGCUGCUGCUGUCGAUCUUCCUCAGUCCUCUUUUCAAUCGGAGCCUAUGGAGAUUGAUCAUCCCGAUAAAGUCGAACAAUCAAGUUCUUCUUCAUCUUUCACUCCUCUUGCAACCACUGAUCCAGUCGUUACUCAUGUAACUUCUGUACCUAUCUCAACCCCUGCUCGUAGCACGUUUGAUGAGGACGCCGACCAAGUGUUGACUAGAAUCAGUGAGUGUAAGAAACGCAUCCAUGAUCUUUACGAACAGGAAGCUAUCGUUAUGCGUACCAACACUAGUACCAUUCCUGAAUUCCAACUUCGUCAGCAUAAGAUCAAUGCUAUCGCCCAUGACUUGGAGUAUUACCGUAACGCUCUCGUUUCUGCCAAUACCCUCUUCGCUUCGUUCAAGGAUACUUCUGUUAGCCUAUUGUCUAAUCAGACUCAAGUCCUGUCAUUGAAUGAAACCCUGUCUGAAACUUCGAAGGAAAAAGACCACUCCGAUAUCCCCGCCAAGGAAAUCCCAGUUUUUGACGUCAAAUUUCCCGACCAAGUUACUAACCCGGACAUCCAUGCCUCUGACGAUCACUCCCUCCAAACGUUCAUGCGUAAAUUUGAACGUACUUAUCUCAACUAUGGUGUUGAUGUUGAGCGUCACUGGUUCUUUCAUCUUGAAGCUAGCUUUGAAAACAACAAUUCGUACAAUUCAUGGUUCGUGCAAAACUUCAAAUCCUCUUCAAGAAACAAACCAAAGUCAUGGACUGAAGCGAAGGCCACUUUGGAGUGUAGAUUUGAUCCUGUCGCUCGUCUUGGAUUAAUCAAGGUGAAUUUCAUGCUCCAUAGUAUGCGUAUGCAUUCUUCUGA